AUGUUUAAAACCUCAAAAUUGUUUGACGAUCUCCACUACCCUGCUACGGACUCACUCACCCCAAUCCGUGACUACAAAAACGAUUACUUCCACCGUGAUGACAAUAAACUACCGAAUGUCACAAGGUUUCCUGUCCUAAACAAUUCAACCAAAAUUAGCUCUCACUUAAAGGAUACCACAAACUUUUACGAAAACAUUAAGAGACCAGCAAGUUUAGAUCUUAGUGAAAUUGGAGAACCUCUCAAUAAAAAAUUAUACUCACCCUUAAAUUUAGACAGAUUUCAAAAAGUUGUGCAGUUAGAAACACCCACAAACGAAGGUACAACUGUUCCUUUACUUGAUAUUAUUCGAAGAUUGUACGAAUCAGAAUUAGAAUAUGCUGAAUUUCUCACAAUUGCCGAUUCUGCCUAUAGGAAGACUCUACAUGAAAUUACAACGUUUAGAGACAAACUCCUUAGAAAGGAUUCAAAUGAAGAAUUAUUAUUAUUUGGCAAUUUGGACACCAUUUCUUCGAUCAGUAUCAUUUUCUCGACAUCUCUGAAAAACCUGUUGUUAAAAAAUAAUAGUCAAGAAGCCUUAGAUAAUGAGACCUGGAGAACUAUCAAUACCUCAAUGGUAAACGGUAGUAUAUCUUCAAGCUUACUUAAUAUUGCGGAACCAUUCGAAAACAAUCUUCUAAGAAUUAAGUCCACAUAUCUGAAUUAUUCUGUCAUGAACGAAAAACGCUUAAACUUAUUCAAAAAAUUAAAGUCGGAUAAUAGUGAUCUAUUCAAUGCUUGGUAUGAAAGUUGUCUUAAAAUUGGAAAUCUUCAAAAGUUAGAAGAUAUUUUCAAAAGGCCAAUAAAUAGAGUGAAUGAGUGGAUAUUAAUCUUGAAUGACUUGAUUUCGGCGUCAAAAGAAGCCACACAUACGAGUAAUUAUGAAAGACUAAUAGAAACUAGAAACCGGUACAAGGAUUUCCAGAAGCAUAUUAGGGAACAGGCAGAUGAAUAUAAUGGGAAUACGAUGUAUAAUUUUAGCCUUACACCAAAUGAAAUAAUUCAAAGUUAUGAUAAUGCUAUCUGUUCACCAAAACAUGACCAACCUCAAGUAGUUGUAUACCCACCUUUGAAUGAUGCCAUUCCCUAUACAGAUAGUUUUGCAGCUAACACUUAUGGAAGUCUUCAGAGUCGUCGUUCUCUUUCCGUGGCAUCUACUUCAUCUAGUCACUACUCCAGUAAUAAUGGUUCAGUUGACUUAAAAGAUCAUUCAAAUAAAGAAAAUAUAUGCAAGGAUAGUGUUUUUCAACCGCCACAACUUACCUUGAAUGAUCAUAUCCAUAAAUUUAAGCAUAUCCAUAAGAAAUUGAAAAUACUCGUUGGACUAAUUGGAAAUCUUGAUUUCCACGCUGUUUUGGAUUUUAACUUAAGGCUUGGGAAAACUUGGAAAAAGAUGUUAGACUUUGACCAUCCACAUGACAGCCAUGAUACCAAAUAUUCACGAUAUAUGGACACUAUUCUCAAAUUAAAAGAACAGGAGACUAUCUUGAAAUUGACUGACUUAGAGACCACAGUGUUGCUCCCAUUGGCAAGAAUGGGGAAGUAUUGCGAAGUUGUAAAAUUGAGGUUGAAAGAUUUGAAAAGUUUAAAAAAAGAUUAUAUGAUUUAUUUACAGGAGAGGAAGACAAAAAUUCACGAUGUGAAAAGGGACGUUAUAGGAAAACAUUUUGAAAAUAUGCAAAGGCAAUUGACAGACGAGUUACCAAUAUUCAUUGAUCUUUUUCAUCGGAUCUUUGAGGUUGUUGUAAUUAACUAUAGCCAAGUUAUGUUAAAAUAUCUUGAAACAAUGAGUGGAGGAGAAGCUGAUCUCUCUCAGGAUGUUUCUUCGUUACAGAAAAAGAAUUUCGAUAUUUUGGAGGCCUUUUCAGAAUCACGUUAUAAUACCAAGAGAGCAAUAAGGGAAAAUUGGAGUUUCCCUGGCGACCCCAGUGGGAGUAGAGUAGUACGUAAACUAUUUGAAUUAUGA